GCGGAAGCAACGUUUAUGUUAAACCCGGAAGCUGCAUGGUGUCCCUGUGUCCCUCAUGCCUCCGCUUACUAAGAGGUGACCUUACAGAAUAGGCAUUUAUAAUUAAAACAAGCGUCUUUAUUUAAAGACAUUUUGCGACACAGUGAAUGGUGAAAUUAUUUCGCUCAUAUAUCAUGCUAGAUUUACUACGCAACAAGAAUAGAUAGUUUUAUUGAGAGAUUUUAUUUUAUAUUUAGUAACUGAUUCUAGUGAUAAAUAGGAUAGAAUGGCGGAGGCGCAGCAAGCCCGAGUGCAUCACGCGGUGGAGGAGAUGGUGCAAAGUCUCGAGCGGGAUCACAUCCGGAAAAUGCAGGGCCGGAUGUUCCGGUGCAGCGCAGAGUGCUGUGAGCGCACGACGGACUCCAUGAAUCAGGUUCAUGAGUGUAUAGAGCGUUGUCACACACCUCUGGCCAAAGCACAGGGACUGGUCACUAAUGAGCUGGAGAAGUUUCAGGAUCGUCUCACACGAUGCACUAUGCACUGCAACGAUAAAGCCAAAGACCUUUUCGACUCUGGGGCGAAGGAGCCAGCGGUGCGUGCUCUCAUGGAUAAGUGUGUGGGCAGCUGCGUGGACGAUCACCUUAACCUUCUGCCCAGCACGGCACGCCGACUGAAGGAGAACCUCCAGUCUAUACCACAGUGAGCGGUCAGCUUUUCAACACCAUCAGGCAGCGAUAUGUGAAGGAUUAUUCACAGAAAGCACAAGCUUCAUGGUGGACUUAUCUAUCACCGUUACUGUACUGUGAGUCGUCUAAAUUAGAGGAGAGUGUUGUGAUCCGUGUCUGCCUCGACUGCUUGUUUUUGUACGGACAAUAAAACAAUUACUGUGAAAUGAAA